AUGGCAUGUGAAUCUAUGGUGCAGAUACUCGUGGUGGAGUCAAUUUAUGGAGAAAAUGUUUUCAGCCUUGGUAGAUGGAAAGGCUUGCGUUGUUUUCAGAUACAUAUAAACAUUGAUGUUUUGGGUGAAAUUGCGAUCACUGCUAAGUUGAACUCUCUUAAUCAAGUUGAGACUGUAAGCCGCAGUUCAGAUGAGUUCUUAUACACUUUCAAAGUCCAGUAUCUGCCACCGGUUGUUUUGACUUGUUUAUUACCAAAGUCAUACCCUAGCCGCCAAUCACCUAUUUUUACACUCUCUGUUAAGUGGUUAGAACCUGUGAAGAUUCUGAAUCUGUGCUCCAAGUUGGAUUCAAUAUGGGCUGAACAACAAGGGCAGGAAGUAAUUUACCCUUGGGUAGAAUGGUUACAUGGUUCUUCGCUUUCUCAUCUGGGAUUUGAUGAGGAAAUCACACUUGGGCCUUAUGGGAUGAAUCUUGUCCAGGAUGAGCGUGUUAUUUCUGGAGCUGAAUGCUUUGAUAUUGAUAUUCCUUUUUUACGAAGUUACAAUGACCAGAGACACAAUGAGAACUUUUUCAAAGAAUUACAUCAAUGUAACAUUUGCUUUAGUGAAUAUGCCGGUUCUGAGUUUAUCCGGUUACCAUGUAAGCAUUUUUUUUGCCUCAAAUGCUUGCAGACCUUUGCCCAAAUACAUGUAAAGGAAGGCACUGUUAGUAAUCUUCAAUGCCCCGAAGCAAAAUGUACAGUAAUGAUUCCACCUGGCCUUUUAAAACACUUGCUAGAUAACACAGAUUAUGAGCGCUGGGAAUCCAUGAUGUUAGAAAAAACACUUGCAUCAAUGUCUGAUAUUGUUUAUUGUCCAAGAUGUGAAACCCCCUGUAUAGAGGAUGAAGACCAGCAUGCACAGUGCCCAAAAUGCUAUUUUAGCUUUUGUACUCUUUGCAGGGAACGGCGCCACGUUGGCAUAGCAUGCAUGAGUCUAGAUAUGAAGCUUCAAAUUUUGCAGGACCGUCAAAAUUCAUCUCAAUUAAAGGAAGAUCAAAAGCGUAGGGAACGUGAAAAGAUUAAUGAAAUGCUCAGUAUGAAAGAAAUUCAUCGUGAUUCCAAGCUAUGCCCUUCUUGUGACAUGGCAAUUUCUCGAACUGAAGGUUGUAACAAAAUGAAAUGUGGUAAUUGUGAACAAUACUUCUGUUACCGCUGCAACAAAGCAAUUGAUCCAUCAGAUCCGUAUGGACAUUUCAGGGAUGGUUCGUGUGAGCUGUUCCCACGAGAAAUGGUUGAGUCCUGGGAAGAGCGCAUAAAUCAUCGUCAGGCUGUAGGACAAUUACAGGCUGAGCUUUUUCCGCAGCGUGGCUCCACUUGUCCUAAUUGUCGUCAAUUUAAUGCAAAGAUUGGAAAUAAUAAUCACUUGUUUUGCUGGGCAUGCCAAAGCCACUACUGCUACUUAUGCAAAGAGAUUGUCAGGCGCGGCACCAAGCAUUAUGGACCAAAGGGCUGCAAACAGCAUUCCGAGGGAUAG